UUCCUUUCACUCGCACUCACUCGCGUACAGUGCAUGUGUGUGUGUGCGUGUGUGUGUGAGCGUGUGUGUGGCGACCCCAGCUUACCGUGCGCGCACGACGAGGCAGAGGGGUCUGCAGACGGCAAGUCAAGUGUCACCAUGAUCGACCUUAUAUGGGGAGGAUCUUAAUAUGAGGCGGCAUAAAUCAUAACAGUAAGAUGACAUUUCACAUCCUCCUCAGAAUCGGAGUACAACCCGCUAUUUGACGCUCUGUAGGCUGGACCAGACGAUCGUAAGCAGCUGUAGUGUGUGCACUUGCAACUGAAAAGGAGGGCUGCAAUAGAAGAAGACAAAGAUAUCGUUCGCAGUGUUUGGUAAUUUUAAUCAGGAUGAAGCGGAGGAAGAUCAUGGUGGCCGCUGGCUUCUGUCUUUCUUUCUUCCUCGGUACGCUGAUGAAUUUGUUAUUCAUUCCCGGAUUCGAGCACCAUCAGAACCACAGAGACGGACUGCGCAGCUACCACCACGGUAGACAGCACCAGCGAGUCGCGGACAACGCACAGCUUCACGUCGGGGAUCCUCUCACUGCAGCUGUCGCCGCCGGGGCGAACAGCCGUCCCGCCAACAGUGACUGGAGACGACAGCGUGAGCUCCAGAUGCAGAUACAAGAAAGACUCGACGAGGUUCUGCGGUACCGCCAGCGGCAAGCGCACUGGUCGGCUACCGGAGACGCCUUUCGUCCGCUCGAGAGAAGACGGCUCAUGGACCUGGAACCGGCAAGCUACUGGGAACUCAACAAAGCCAACGUUAAAAGCGACAACCGCCACACAGAUGCUCAAAGCAGACCAUCGCCGGCUGUAUCAAAUACUGCAAAAGCACAAAAUGUGUUCUGGAUGAAUCCAGACAGGGUCAACACCGGGCAGAUGCUGGGGUGCCACAGUAUAGCUAACGUGACUAAUAUUCAGUACCUCGGUUCAGGCUACACCAAGGCUGUCUACAAGGCGACCAUCAACAGCAGCUUAUCCGUAGCUCUGAAGUCUGUGGAUUUUGGAGGUCACGAUAUGGAAAACUGCAUUAAGAAGUACGGAUCAGCUGAGGAUUGUUAUCGAUUGGCCUCUUUUAAAAUAGUCAAAGAGAUGACGCUGAUGGGGCAGUUACAACAUCCCAACAUUCUGCAGCUGUAUGGAUACUGUUACCAGGACAGCAAUGACAUCAGGGACACGGUGACGGCCAUCACGGAGCUGGGGAGUCCACUGGAGAUGAUCCAGCUGCUGCAGACGCCCUGGGAGGAGCGCUUCAGAAUCUGCCUGAGUCUGGUGCGCCUGUUGCACUACCUGGCCCACUCCCCGCUUGGCCCCGUGACCCUGCUGGACUUCCGGCCGCGGCAGUUUGUCCUGGUGGGCGGCGAGCUGAAGGUGACGGACCUGGACGACGCCAGCGUGGAGGAGACGCCCUGCGGCCCCCACGCCACGCCCGGCGACUGCAUCAUGGAGUUCCCCGCCCGCAACUUCACCCUGGCGUGCAUCAGGGGGCGCUGCCAGGGCAUCAACGAGAAGAGGAACCUCUACAACGCCUACAGAUUCUUCUUCACCUACCUGCUCCCCCAUAGUGCUCCAACUGCUCUGAGACCUGUGCUGGAUAAGAUAGUCAACUCAACCGGGGAACUCACCUGGGGUAUCGAUGAGACACAAGUGCAUCUUGAGAAUGUGCUGCAUCUCUACACAAAUGGACUUUACCUACAGAAUACCUCUCAGACACACAAAUCUGAGUAUAAGCGACUAGCAGAUACCUCCAUCUCAGGGGAGAACUACCGCUGCUGGCCGUCCUAUCAGCAUGACGGCUGCACGCUGUCCGUCUUCUCUCUCCGCGAGGCCAUCGAUAUCUGUGAAAGCCACGCCCAGUGCCGGGCCUUUACCUUGACCAAUCAGACCACAUGGACAGGUCACCAGCUCGUUCAGUUCAAAACGGGCUCCAGUCAUCUAAGCCCCAACAAAGGGCGGGUCACAUACGGAAGGAUGGGCAGCUGAAAGGAGACGCACCAGACGACAAAAGAAAAAAAAAAAAAAAGAGAGAGGGAGGGAUGAUAAUGGCAGCCCAAGGAGGUGGUCUGAGACGAGGGACUGGUUUGUGCAGCAGAUGAGAUGACACACCAGACCCUCCUUGGGGAUAUGCUGGGAGAGCAAGUCAGACUGGCUGUCCCCGGUCACCGAGAUGGCAUUUGCUGACCCCAAGACCAGAGAAGUGAAGAGCAGGCCAGUGUGUUAUAUGGUACACCUGAGGCUAUAGCUGAGCAGUCUCUUGCUAGCAUAGCAGACUGUGGGGCUGGGCACUUGUUUCCAUUUGGGUUGGAGAUUUCCACCUUUGUUAAAGUGAUGUUGACUGUAUUUAUGCGUCUGUGUGUGUGUGUGUGUGUGUGUGUGUGUGUGUGUGUGUGUUUGUGUGUGUGUGUGUGUGUGUGUGUGUUGCUGGCGCAUUCCAAACUCCCUGAUAAAAAGAUGGGUAGUAUGAGGAGGGUUCAGGCCACAGCUAGAUGUUGGAGGAGUUCACCGUUUCUCUCUCUCUCUCUCUCUCUCUCUCUCUAUCUAUCUAUCUCUCUCUGUUUUUCUUUUUGUAGCUGUGUGUUUGCCAAAUUUCUCAGGUCAUUUUGGUGCUAAAAGCAAAUCAAAGCAUAUGAUUCUGUGAAUCACUUAUCUCUCUCUUUUUCAUUUCUUUUCUUUCUGUCUCUCCUGCCAUUCCUGCAUCCCUCCUCACUAAAUCCUGUGAUUGUCUCUGAUCAGCAGCACUUUUGAAGAAAAAAAAAAGACAGGGUUCCAGUUUUUUAAAUUAGUGCUUUUUGAGAAAAAAACACUGUUUCAAAUCUUUUUUUUUCAUGUAUUUAUUCAAAUAUGACGAUUUCUUAAAGAAUCUGAUGCAUCUAGAACUCCAAAGUUCAAACAUAAAAGUGAAUAUUUGAAAGAAUGUGCGGAAUAAGGGUGGUUGGGAGAAUGUAUUUCUAUGGUUUGUUAGCUGGUUGUCCGUUGACCAAAUUUGAGAAGGUUAGGGCUCCUAUGAUGUACAACAUCAUACAGGUACCUCAAGCCUUCCAGGUAAGGAAUCUAUAGGAAGUCUUUUGUUAUUUUUACGGAAAAAAAAUAUAUAUAUAUCUAAAGGACAGGGUAUUCAUAGACUGAGCCUAGCCUCACAGCAAACAAAGAAUUUGUCUUGUGAGGGUGAGAAGAAUGAUUCAUUGAAUUCCGUAAUUUUGUCCAGUAGGGACAUGUUAGUGUGUUUGACAUGGAUGAGACAGAACUGCUUGCAGGUCAGGGGGUUACUUUAGGAGUCAUUUUAUUGCCCGGUUCAAAGUGUUAACAGCCCCAGAGCCUCCCCCACCAUAUAAUUAGAUUUGAGUCUCCUUAAUGUGUCUGGUGGUAAAUAGCAAAUGCGGCCUGGUUCAUAUAGGAGAAUAUAUAACCUAUUCAAAUUGGAAGUGCAGAUGAAAAAAAGAAUAAGAAAAGAUACUGUUAAUAGCUUAAUGUUUAAACCCAAAUUCUUUGGUGGCUCAUUGUUUCACACAUUGAGAUAUUUAUCAAGCAGCUUGAAAUGAGUUUAGAAACUGAGGUACUUGAUUGAAACGCCCACAGACUCAGAUGAGCAGUAAAGAUUUACAAAUACUGUACAGUGGUCUGCCAGAGCCCUGCACAGUAACACAGGGGGCAGAAGGACCUCGGCGCCCACUGGUUUGGUCCAGUGAACAUUCCAGAUGACCACCUGUCUAAGAGGGCACACUCCCAUGGCCCGAUGGGUAAUAAUGAUUAACCAGGAAGUCACCUGGCUCAGUGACUUUCCCUGUUUCCCAAGGAAAUGACACCGCUUUCAGUGAAAGCAAAUGGAAAGGAGAGAAAGAACAAUUGAAUGAUGGAGGGAAAGACAAGAUAAAAAAAAAACAUUGUUUCCUAUCUUGAAUGUGAACAUGUUGUAUAUAAUCUUGAUCAUGAGAUUGAUAUUUUUUUAUAUUGAAAUAAAAAUCAAUGUGUCAUGGA